CUCCCCAGCCUCUAAUUCUCUCCAACUCAUGGAUCCAUCCCCACCCACCCCCUAUGGCUCCCUUCUCGUCUCUCCUCCUCCUCCUCCUCCUCCGACAUUUGGUCUGCUCCGCCGCUGCAACCGUCUCCACCGAAUUCGUCUACCCCAACUUCACCGCCUCCACGCUCCAACUCAUCAACACCGCCGGCGCCUUCCUCGCCUCCCCCGGCGCCACCUUCUCCGCCGCCUUUCUCAACCCCGGCGGCCAGCAGCAGUCCCGCUACUACCUCGCCGUCCUCCACUCUCCCUCCGCCACCAUCGUCUGGUCCGCCAACCCCACCGCACCCGUCGCCUCCUCCUCCGUCUUCUCCCUCUCCCCCCUCGGCCUCUCCCUCUCCUUUCCCAACUCCUCCCUCGCCUGGUCCACCCCGCGCCUCCCCCGCCCCGCCGCAGCCCUUCGCCUUCUCGAUUCUGGAGAGCUCCUCCUCGUCGACGCCUCCAACGCCUCCCUCUGGUCCUCCUUUGACCAUCCCACCGACUCCCUCCUCCCCGGCCAGCCCCUCCCCGCCGGCGCCGCCCUCUCUGCCUCCACCUCCGACUCCGACCUCUCCCCAGGCGACUAUCGCCUCCUCGUCACCCCCUCCGACGCCUUUCUCCAGUGGACCAAAAGCUCCCAGCUUUACUGGAGCCUUUCGACCGACAGCCGCUCCGUCAAGGAGUCCAACGCCGAGGUCGCCUACCUUGCCAUCAACGCCACCGGGCUUUUCCUCUUCGCCAACGGCAGCGGCGGCCCAACGGCCGUCUUCGAGGUGACCUUCGCCCCACCGUCCGCCGACGAGCUGCGCUUCGCCAAAUUGGACUCCUCCGGGCGGCUUCAGGUGCUCAGAUCUUCGUUGAACUCGGUGACCGAUUUCGUGGCUCCAGUAAGCGACUGCGAGCUCCCCUUCACCUGCAAGGCCCUGGGCCUUUGCAACACCAACUCCAACUACUCCACCUGCUCCUGCCCGCCCUCCUUCGUCUCUUCCCCGGGCGGCGGGUGCUCGCCGGACGACGGCUCCAUUCUAUCCUCCUGCAGCAGCAGUGGCAGCGGCUCGCCACCUGCCUCCUACUCGAGCCUUGGAGCUAAAGUCGGCUACUUUGCUACCAAAUUCGCUACACCGGUAUCCUCCGGCGAUGGCAUCUCAGCGUGUGAAGGCCUCUGCUCGGGAAACUGCUCCUGUCUCGGCUUCUUCUAUUGGAAUUCGUCCAAAUCCUGUUACCUCCUGGAGGAUCAGUUGGGCUCCUUCGUCAGCACCUCAGGGGAUUCCACCGCCAUAGGCUACAUCAAAACACUCAACUCCUCUCCCUCAUCCCCAACAGAUCCCACCGAUUCCUCAUCAUCUCCCCACUUCCUUCCCAUCUUGCUCCCCUCCUUAGCCAUCGCUCUGCUCCUAGUCCUGCUCUUCUUCAUUGGCUUCCGACGGUGGAAGAAGAGAAGAAACAGAGCUCUGAAAGGAACCAGACGAAAUACACCGAGAGGGAUGAAGCUCAACUCAGGGGCGGCAGCGACACCCUCCGACGAAGAGGAACGACCGGACAAAGACUACGAUGACGACAUCUGGAUCCCCGGUCUGCCGACGAGAUUCACGUACGCCGAACUCGUUGAGGCCACCGACGGCUUCCGCACCAAGAUCGGCUCCGGCGGCUUCGGCGCCGUCUACAAAGGCGAGCUCCCCGACAAGACCCUCGUCGCCGUCAAGAAAAUCAACAACAUCGGCGUCCAGGGCAAGCGCGAGUUCUGCACGGAGAUCGCCGUCAUCGGCAACAUCCACCACGUCAAUCUCGUCAAGCUCCGGGGCUUCUGCGCCCAGGGAACGAGAAGGCUCCUCGUCUACGAGUACAUGAACCGGGGCUCGCUGGACCGGCCUCUGUUCGGGCCCGGUCCGGUUCUGGAGUGGCAGGAACGGCUCGACAUCGCCAUCGGCGCGGCGAGGGGCCUCGCCUACCUCCAUUCCGGAUGCGAUCACAGGAUAAUACACUGCGACGUGAAGCCGGAGAACAUCCUGCUCCACGACCACAACCAGGUCAAGAUAUCGGACUUCGGCCUCGCCAAGUUGAUGACUCCGGAGCAAUCCGGGCUCUUCACGACGAUGAGGGGGACGAGAGGGUACUUGGCUCCCGAGUGGCUGACCAACUCGGCGAUCUCGGACAAGACGGACGUGUACAGCUACGGGAUGGUGUUGCUGGAGAUAAUAAGGGGGAGGAAGAACCGGUCGGAGGAGAGCUGGCCGGGGUCGAGCGUGUCGAGCGGGUCGAGCGGUGGCGUGGCCGGGACGUGCGAUUAUUUUCCGAUGGUGGCGGUUGAGGGGCACGAGAGGGGGAGGUACGAGGAGCUGGCGGACCCGAGGCUGGAGGGGAGGGUGAGGGGACCGGAGAUUGCGAGGAUGGUUAAGGUGGCGCUGUGCUGCCUCCACGAGGAGCCCGGGCUGAGGCCGAGCAUGGCGGCGGUGGUGGGGAUGCUGGAGGGAGUCGUGCCGGUGUGGGAGCCGCGGAUGGAAUCUCUGAGGUUUCUGAGGGUGUACGGCCGGGGGUUCUUGGGGGAGGGGAGCAUGUGGAGUGGGGGUAACGGUGCCGGUAGGGUGACCAGUGGCGCCACCAGUACCAGUGGGUCGUCGUUGCCGCCGGCGUCGUACACCAUGUCGGCGCAGCAGCUGUCAGGUCCCAGAUAGCGGCGGGGUGAUUCGGGGGUACAACGGUCCCAUGAAAUUUCCGAGCGGGAGUUCGUGUAGAAAUGAAUAAUUAGUCUUGUUAAUUAGCAUAUGAGUGUUUUUGUCCUUUUUUUUUUUUGGUUGGUAGAUGAGCAUGUAAUUUGUGAG